CGCCGCACCACACCCUCCUCACAGCGGCAGCAGCAGCAGCACUGACCGGCGUCAUGAUGCGGAUCUCCCUGCUGGUUCUGGCCCUCGCCGCGGUCUGCGACGGCAUCCUCCCCGAGAUCGUGCACCCAGCAGUGGACCACAUCCUGGAGGAUCACCCGGUCCCAGGACUAACGGAGCCGGGCCGGGCGCUGGUGGAGGUGGAGCAGCUGCAGGAGGCUCCGCAGCGAAACCCCCAGGAUGCGACUCACCCAAAAGACGUCGACAGUGUGAGCCCCGAUCCCAGUAACCUUCCUCCAGAUCAUCACAAUGAAUCCGCUUCUGAUAAAGUGAUUGAUGAUGAAUCCGCCCACACAUCAUCGGUGGACCUGGAGAGCCACAACGUGACCACCACAACCAUCCCAGACAGUGACCUGGGAAACACCAUCGAGCAUGGAUGCGUCGGUGAUGAGGACUGUGGGAAGGGAAGGUAUUGCCGUAAUGUCAUGCACGGCUCCAAGUGUUUGCCUUGCAAAGCAACCGAUGUGCCGUGCACUAAAGACGAGGAGUGCUGUGCUGAUGAGCUGUGUGUGUGGGGUCAGUGCAGCCCGAAUGCGACCAAAGGAGACGCUGGCAGCACUUGUCAGUACCAGACGGACUGCAGCCCUGACCUCUGCUGUGCUUUCCAUAAAGCCCUGCUCUUCCCUGUGUGCUUGGCCAAGCCCAUUGAGCGUGAGCGCUGCUUCGGUGCCUCCAACCACCUGGCGGAGCUGUUGUCCUGGGACAGUCAGGACAAGGGACCACGGAAGCACUGCCCCUGUUUAGGAGAUCUCCACUGCCAGCAACUGGGGAGAGGGUCCAUGUGUCUGAAAGGAGAAGACUCUAGUGAAGAGGACAUGGCAGACACACUAUACUCAGAGAUAGACUACAUCAUCUAGACACAGCUUAAUUUGAUUCACACUGCCUUUGCAACAACUAGACUGAGAUCUCCUCCACUCUAGAGCUUUGCACUUUCUGUUAUCAAGCUCAAUCCAAAGUCAAAAAGUAAUACAUCACUGAAAGUAGAGAAAAAUAAAUGUAUUUUAUUUGCUUGCAAUUAAGACCUGAAGUUAAUAAUUCUGGUGUUCAUGGUGUCUGAAAAUGUAGAUAUAAAAGUCUUUAAGAAAAAGACAGGAAACUGUGACAAUAAUAAACACCGGUUUCUUCUAUUUACUGCAAUUCUAUAUUUUAUCAU